UAACGCGGAACCAUAAUUCAGGCUUAACCCACUUCUGCUUCCACACCGACGCACUCCGCCACCAACCGAGUUUAAAGCCCUCGUCUGAACCAGGAGUGUCCCGAUGGACCAGGACGAGGUGGACUGGGUGGAAAAGCAGACCCGGGGCCAGAGGACCAACCCGGACUGGUUUGACUGGAGGAGGAACCGGAUCACGGCCUCCCUGGCUCAUGACAUCGAUCACUGCCGCUUCGUCAACGGGAAGAGCAGUGUCCCGCCCGCCUCGUACCUGGCUGAAAUCACAGGUGAGGGGCCCAGAUUCCAGACCAGAGCCAUGAGAUGGGGGGUCAAGAUGGAGGCCUGGGCCGUCCGCCGGUACCAGGAGCUGAAGUCGGAGGUGCUGGGCCGGCAGGUCCAGGUUCAGGACUGCGGACUCUUCAUCGACCCCCAGAAUCCCUGGUUGGCUGCCAGUCCCGACCGCAUCGUGACGGACAGACGCAGAGGCCGGCAGCUCGUCCUGGAGGUCAAGUGUCCCUUCAAGCAUCGCCACAGUUGGGUGGAGGAUGCCUGCGAGGACCGCGACUUCUGCCUGGAGAUCCAGGGGACGGAUGAACACGGAGAGCCCGUCUACGGCCUGAAGACGUCCCACCGCUACUUCACGCAGGUGCAGGUCCAGAUGGCGGUGACAGGGCUGCAGCGGGCCGACCUGGUCGUCUUCACGCUGUGGGAGACCGUCCUCGUCCCGGUGAACUUCAACGCCGAGUGGUGGGAGGAGACGCUGCCCAGGCUGGACUGGUUCUACCGUGUCGCCGUCCUGCCUCACAUCCAGCACUGAGCUGGUACUGGGCCGGGACUGGGCCUGGACCCGGGCCGGGACCGGGCCUGGACCCGGGUCGCUACUGGGCCUGAACCCGGGUCGGUACUGGGCCUGGACCCGGGUCUGUACGCUGGUUCUGGUGGUUUGUUCCAGCUGUGAUUCCAGCAGCGUUUCUGGAUUCAACCAGAAACGUUUGUGACAUGAACUCAUUAACGGUUCUGUGGUGUUCUGAUGACGGUCCGGAGCCUGGGACCGGGCCAGAGGUUCUGAUGACGGAGGCUCGGUCCGGAGCCUCGGACCGGGCCAGAGGUUUUGCAGCGACGCCGACUCUGAACACGUUUGUAUCUGAUGUGUUUUUCACGUAUAAAGAUUUAA